UGCGGCAGCAUGAGUAGUAGUGGCAGUGGCGAGGCUGCUGGUGUGGGAAUGCGAGGGCUGCGGCGGUGGUGCGGGUGUGUUGGCUUGUUCGUUGGGCUUGUGGCAGUGGUGUUGUUCCUGCUGCUCCGACCCUCAACGCGAGGCCUCGCCACAGACCUCAGGCCUAGCAGCGGCGGCAGCAACACCAACGCACGACCCCUCAUCAUAAACAACCACGCGCCUCAGCUGUUCACUGUCGCAGAAGGACACGAGGCCCAGGGAAAGAACCUGAACAGCAACGAGGAAAGAGCAAAGGCAGCGCUCCAACCAACAACCAGCGAUGGCCGCACCAACGACGACGCACACCGAGGCAAGGCGAGCGUGCAGGCAACACAGAAACCUCCCCACUCUCCCUCACAGGCACCACACCCGCCGUCAGGACCCCAGCCACCGUCUUGGGACGGGACAAGAGAAGAUGCGCCGCAAGUACAGCCGCUUGGCCCAGCAGCAUCCCAACAGCAGGAAGUUACAUCAACACAGCAGCCCGGCGCGGACGCUGAGCCCGUGCCAUACCAGCCCAGCGACAGCGCCGUGGUUAGAGAUGUUGGGCCUGGUUGCGCAACAAGCCUGCAGGCAAGCGCCUGUCCGGCAGACUUGUAUGCUCCCACCACGCCAGAAGUGUGCCGGCCUGGGGAGCCAACGCCCGUGAAGGUGGCCGAGUGCGAGCUCAAUCCCAUAGAGACGCUGACGCACGUCGAGCCCGCACACCUGUGGUACCUGCACGUGCCCGGGAACCCAACGCUGAUCCAGCCCUUGGUCUGGAGUCGCACCACGAGCAAUGACAGUGACGGCGCUGAGGGGGGCCCUGACCAGGGCAACGCGCCCCCAGCAAGCAGCUUGGACACGGCCAACACCAACAACAGCAAUCAGGGCGGUCAACGUGACGGCGGUGCCUUGCAGCCGCUGGACGACUUUAGGCCAUGGCCGGCCCCAGCCGUGGUGGUGCUGGGGUUUCUCGCCAGCAUGAGCGCGGCGGACACAGCCAGCACCCAGAACACCGCGACCGCGGAGACCAGGACAAGCGGUGCCGCUUCAAGCUCCGGCGCUCCAACCACAGACUACGCAGCAACACUGCCUGGCCUCUACUUUGUUGAUGGCCGUAACGGUGCGGUGUUCAAUGCCACGCACGCGUUUACAAACAAGCGGUGGCACCGCGUGCCCUCGGAGCGGGCUGUGCAGUCUGCACUGCAGCCCCAGGAGCUUGGCGGCGCUUGUGUCGCCCGCACCAGGGGCACGAAGCAACCGCAUACCGGGGAGAAAGGUGGCGGCCGGAGCGUGCAUGUGCAUGGUCUGCUGGUGGACUUGGUCAUUGUAUGGGGCGAGACGUUUCAACACACGGUGCUCGACGUGCUGCCCCGGCUCGCAGCAUUUCUGCAAUGGCUCAAGACUGAUGCAACCACCACCACCACCACCAGCGGCAGCAGCAGCCAAGAGGACAAAGGCAAUGUUGGGGUGCAGCAGAUGCAUGACAGCGAUGGACUGCGGGAAGCGGUGUUGAGUGGGAAGGUGCAGGUGACGCUGCUCGUGUGUGCAGGCAGCGACGUCCUGCAGGAAAUGCUUGCACGCAUCGUGGAUGAGCCCUGGGCGGUUGUUGAGGCCGACCCGAGGCUCACGUACACUGCCGAUGCCAUUGUGUUCCCGACGCUGGCUGGCCAACAGAAGAUUGGUAUCAUGCCACCGGGCGUGUUCUGUCCCCUGCUGCGCCAGCUGCAGACGUCGCAACAGCAGCGCGACGAAGACACGCGCAGGCCUGGGCACACGACGCAGACGCCAGGCAGCCCCAACCUGGCCAACCGUGAUGGCAAUGGCGACGGCGCAGGCGAGGCGGUGCUGCUGUAUCUGAGUCGUGGGGACGCAUCGCCGCGCGCGCUUGUGCCGGCAACAGAGCAGGCACUCAUUGAGGGGCUUCAGCAGGUUGUGGAGGCAGCCAACAUGCAGGGCAUGCAACAGGGCGAACUCAAGGCUAAGGGUGGCGGCGUUGCUGUUGGGGCAGGAGCGAGGAUCAAGUGGCGACUGGAGGUGUGGAACCACACGGCACCGCAUGCGUGGCAACGCGAUGCAGGUGUGUUUCGAGACGCGCGCGUGAUUGUUGGCCCCCAUGGUGGCGCAUUUGCCAAUCUCCUAUUCGCCGGUGGUUCCUCCGCUUCGCAAGCGCAAGGCAUGCAGACGCACGUGCUCGAGUUUAUACCGCGUGCAGCGCUGGAGCGGCCGCCUGUUGGGGCGAAGCGAAAGGGUGACGUGCGUCCGUGCUACCUCUCGCUCGCACAGGCGCUCGGGUUCUCGUAUCACCAGGUGGAGCCCACCUCCUUCGACUUCAACAGUCCCGGGCUGGACGUGGAUGUGGAUGUGGUCAUUAACCACGUGCGAACCAUCAUCUCCAUGGCCAGCACGUAAUGCUGCAUGUAUGUGUAUGUGUAUGUGUAUGUGUGUGCGUAUGCGUACGUUUGUAUGUAUGUGUGUGUUUGUUUGUGUAUGUAUGUGUGUGUUUGGUUGUGUAUGUAUGUGUGUGUGUGUUUGUGUUUGUUUGUUUGUGUGUUUGUGUUUGUUUGUUUGUGUG